AUGGCUGAGACAUUGCUAGCCAUCGUGUUAGUAACCUCAUCGGCAAGAGGAAGCCACCUAGUCUGUCGCUGGCCGCCCGCUCCCCAAUCAUCUCCUCGUCUUUCUCGUCCUCGGCCCAAUUACAAUAACCAUGCUAACCGUUUCGAUAAUCCCUGGCGCGCAUCUAACAUGCCCGAUGGAUCACAGUCGAAUGUUCCUUUCAAUUUGCCCGAAGCCAAAGAUGAAUGGGAUUACAUAUGGCAACGGCCUCACCAGAACGCUCGCGACCGCUCCAUCUCAUUUUCGCACCAGUCUUCCUCCCACCACGCGCAUUCCGGACGGACAUCGCCCGUAAAAGAUGGAGGAGGGUUCACGGGUACGAUGGAUGACGGGGCUGACGAUCCACCGCUGAAGGACAGCUUCGAUGACUUCUUGGGGUAUGAAAGUGAGUUUUUGGCCAACAUAUUGUCGCCUCAGCCGGCUUUGUGCCACCAAAAGUUCGAGCUCGUGGUGGACGAUUUGUGUUUCAUCGGGCAUCCAGUCUGUGCAGAGUCGGACGGAGUAUGGAGGUUCAAGUCCGAGAAAAGGGAUUAUUCGAGAGGGAGAGGUUCGAGGAAGCGUACAAUGUCAAGCGAAGACCUGUCCGGAUCUACCGAGCUGGGGAGGAAUACAUCACCGGUGCCCGAGACGUCGAACGCGAAGUCUUCAUGGUUGCAUUCUUUCCAUCUAGUGCUCGUACACGAUCUACCGGACCCCUCGUCUUCUGCAUCAGGCAACAUCUCGAAGUACUUCGACGUCAUAUAUGAACAGAUCGCGUUCACGGUCACUGCGGUGUUGUUCCAAGAGCAGGUGUUGGCGAAUUUUGUCGAGUCGGAAUGUGAAGUGUUAGGGAGACUGAAAGACGACUGUGCAGCCAGAGGCGAACCAUUCGAACAAUUCAUAACCGAAGCCAUUCUCAACUGUUCCAUCGCUCCCGCCAUGAGAACCCUCUACGAAUGCAUCAAGUCUCGUUCUCUGGCCCAACUGACGAUCCAUAACCUUACUCUCGAACUGCAACUCCCACCUUACAUCGACUCCCUCCUACAUAGCGUAGACGACACCGACGCAGACCUAAAUUAUCUGGGAACCGAGUCGUCUCAUGGUAUAAGCCUUGAUAGCAGUAUGAGCGGUAUAACAGGCAGAGGAAGUGGAGGAGGGUGGGGGAAGGAGUUGAGCUUCGCGUGGCGGUUGCCGAGUUUGGAUCCCUGGAAGAGUUUGUUGCUCUUAGACGGAUCAGAAGGCAAGGACUGGAUGGAGGUCUAUGCAAGUUUGAAGUCAGGGGCUGUCAAGGAAGAGGAUCGGGUGCUGGGCGAGCAGUUGGUGCGAUUCUUGGAGAUGGCAGAUGUCACACUUUCAUUUGUUGAUAUGGCAAGUUUGCUCGAUUGGAAUCUGGAGUCACAAGUUUUUCCUAUCGUAAGGUGGCUUGUGCAUCACCGUCGAGCCAAAGUCGUCGAUAUCGUUCACCGUGGCCUCAAAACUGUGUUUACAGUUAGUCCCAAAUUCGAAGCUCCUGUCAGACAGCUUUCGUCCGAGUUCCGCACUGCCUUCCCCGACUCUUCUAUCCCCCCUCUCCCUUCGCUGCUUUCCACGGUCUCCUCCGCCCAAUCCAAACACUUCUAUGCGGCCGUAGUACGCUCCAAAGAACGCAUUCCGCAAUACUUGAGCGUGGUGCAGUGGAUGCUGAAGAAGGACCUCUUGGUGACGCUUCACUUAAGAAUCAGGGUUGUCGUCCCGAGCGAGCUGAAGGCGAGGGUAAGAAAGGAAUGGGGUAGGAAGAGGGCGGGAGCGAAGAGGAGAAGGGAAAUAAGGAGAAAGUUGGGCACGUAUAUUUCAUUUGAGGAUGAGAAGUCGAACAAAUAUUCUGCGUUCACCGGGAGAGGGAGGAGGAGGAAGCCGGUGCUCCUGGAUGACGAAGAGGACAAGAAGGAAACUGACGAGAUGUCGACAUUAGGAGACGAACUGUUUGAAGAGAGUCAGUCUCCACCUUGGCUCUCGCUCUCACCGAAAUCAAUUCGGCAGAGUACUCGUCGUGGCUCGAGUGGGCUCGACCCCAGGCCCAUUCUCGCUGACCUCACUGAACCGCCCAUUGCUGAAGAGACUGGUGACCUUGAGCUCGACAAUGAGGAUGAAGACGAAGAGGUUGACGUGGAAGAGAGCGAACCUGGGAGGGGCGAGGACUUUGAUCUGGAGAUAGGCGAGAUAGAGUUCGAGACAAAGGAAGGUGAGAAGGACGACAGCGUGUCGAGUAUCAUCGUCGAUCCUGGGAGAGCAACGUAUAAGGAGAGACAGUGGUUGGAGGCAAUGUUGGAAGGGAAGGACUCCGUUGUGGCGAGACGCUUUCAGCAGAUUAACCGGUACUUUGAUGGGAAAUGUACUGACGAUGAGAUCCUCUUCCGCGCUGAAAUCACAAGGAAGCAAUUGAGAGAAGUGUUGCAUCACUUUGAGGAAUAUGUACAAACGACUCUGCAUCCAUCCUGACGUCUUGUAGACUGUCG